AGCAAUGUUUCUCCAAUCAGGCCUGUGCUUCACAAUCUGCCCUUCCAUGGAUGAUUCUGCCUUACCCAGUUCAUGUUGGCUCUUUACAAACGUCCUUCUCAUCCUUGGAGAGCCUAUUUCUCCAUGUUCCUUCUUCUGUCCGAGUAGUGCCAGGAAAGAAGGAUUCUGAAGCGACUUUGCUAAGAAAGAAACAAUCUGCUUCUGUCUUUGUUCUGCUGCUUGAAGCCUCUGGUUCACUACUUUCAUAUGGUGAGCUGUCCCACUGUGCUGUUGCUGCAAGUCUACUACCUCCUGCAUCAGCAUACUCCUCUCCGUCCUCAGCCUCUCUACUUCACCUUCCAAUUCUGCUCCCCCUCCUUCAGUAGGUCCAAAGUAGCUCACAACCUGUUGAGAUCGAGGUGACUUGCGCCUCUGAAUGUUCUUCAAAAGAUGCCUCUUCCCACACUGGAAAGCUUCAUUUGCGAAUUCCCACCUGUCCGUAUCAAUCUUGCGAAACCCCUGAAAGAGUAGCCAAGAAAGUUCAAGAAUGAAU